CGCCCGCUGGGUGCGCCAGGCGCUGGUGGAGCCUGGGCACGUGCCGCUGCAGGCUGAGCUGCGCGGCGGGUCGCUGGAGCCGCUGCCAGAACGUUCGGGCGCGUGCGCGGGCGCCGCCGCUGCUGGAGACUUCUCCUCCGUGGCUGCGAUGGCGCAAGCGGGUUGGGAGUUCAGCUGGGACGACCCCUACAAGUUCAGGGGCUGUUGGCGCUGGACUUUGGGAACGCCUGGCCCGAUCCCGCCGGCACGGUGUUCGUCUCGGUCAGCGGGCGCGUAGUGGCGAGAGCCGCGGCGGGGGAAGGCUCCCGACGGGUGGAGGUCCUGUUCCGCGACGGCGACCUCCUCGAGGUCUGGGAGGCCACAGGCGUCAUCGUCAUCAACGGCAUCGAGGUGGCGUGCCAGGCCGCCAGCAACGGGAGCGAGGCCACUGAGGCUGCGCCGCGGACGGCCAACAACUCGCUCGCCGAGGUCCCUGGCGCGGGCGUGGCGGACCUAGAGAACCUGCUGCUGCGGAGGCAGGAGGCGGAGCAGGAGGAGCUCCUGCACUGGCGCACCAGGAUGCCGACUCCAGCGGCCAGGGCGGCCGGCCACACCCAGGAGGACGCGCCGCCCGCCCCAGGGGCGCAUCGCCCCAGCGCGAACUCCUCGGGCGGCGCGGCGGCGCCGCACCUGGAGGUCGGCGGCGGCGGCGGCGGCCAUCCUGCUCCUGCUGGCGCGUCGGCGGCCCCAGGAGGCCCCGCCUCCGACACGAGCUCGUCGACGACGAGGACCACCGCCACCACCACCACCACCACCACCGGCCCGCUCUUCUGCAACAGGUCCGCCCCGCUGCCGGAGGAGCGGAGGCCCAGGCCCUUCGGCCUGCCGGAGGCGUGGCGGAAGGGCUGCGAGAACCUCGCCGACCACCCCGACGACGAGGACGUACAAGAGGAGUACCCAGGGCGCAACUGGUGCUGGGCGUGGCUGAAGGCGCAGGGCUGCUACUGGACGAGGAGCCACUGGACGUGGUGGGAGGCCCAGGAGCGCAUCGCGCUGGAGGGCCACGCGCCAGACCCACACGAGCUGCCGUUCGAGCCCCUGCUGAACGCCUCCCUUUGCGAGAGGCGCAUGUUGGGCUACGGCCCCCAGCACUCGGACGAGGCGCUCAAGGAGGCCCGGGACUGGGUCGACGCGCACGUGGACAUCUACGUGCUCAGCUUACCGAGCGAGCGGCGGCGCUGGCACAACAUGCAGGCCCGGCUGCGCCGGCUCGGCCUAGACGCCUCGCUCGUGCCCGGCGUAAACGCGGGCGACGCGGACGCGCUGCAGGCCGCCUUCGAGGAGGGCCUGAUCCCGGAGGGCUACGACCUGCGCGAGGCCCAGGCUGCGGCCGAGCCCAUCGGCGGCAUUGUCGGCACGGUGGGCUGCGCGUCCGCGCACUUCCGCGCCCUGGGGCGCGCCGCGGCGGCUGGCGUCGCGGGCGGGGCGGCUCCCAAGCGCCCGCUGGCGCUGAUCUUGGAGGAUGACGCGGAGCUGGAGGACGACUUUUCCGCCAGGCUGAGGGAGCUCCUGGACGAGGUCCCCUGCGACUGGGGCGCCCUCUCCCUGAAGACCCGCUGCCCCUACGGCGCGUGCGUGUCGCCCCACCUCACGCGCGUGUGGCCCGACCGGAACGAGCCCGAGGGGAAGUGCAACCACGGCGUGAACUACGGCUUCUACGCGAUGCUCUACCGCAAGGAGGCGCUCCCGCGCAUCACCGCGGAAUUGCGCAAGACGGUGUGGCAGCGCGACCGGCCGCGGUGCCUGGACAUCGACGUGGCGCUCGCGUCCAUAUCGCAUCGCAUACCCUACUACGCGGUGCCCUCUCUGCAGCUGCCCGGCCUGGUGCACGAGGGUAACCAGGGCUCCACGAGGUACCAGAACAACAUGAAGAAGCUGAGUCAGACCGACCGCUUGAAAGAUGCGCAGGCGGUGACGGAGGGCUGAUUUGGCAGAUCUUAGAAAGGUGAUUUGACGCGAUUCGGCAGGUUAGCAGGCUAGAAUUUUCAAGCCUUGAUUGUGUUCUUGCUGUACUUGCGUGAGUGUUACUGUUUCUUUGAUUUCCAGCCGUUCAAUACAGCCGCCAGGCGUUCCAAUAUGGCGCCAGGAGGCUCGAGUAUGGUAUUUGCGAGCGACAAAGAGGCCCUCCGUCCUGAGCUAGUCCUGAUCCUUGUUCGAGCCGCAUUGGAGCGGUUCGCCGCUGCCAUGGGCCGAUGGGAGGCCGUAUCGAGUUUGUCAGGUUGGUCUGUGCCCACGCAAGUCGACCAGACUCGCAGAGACUGUUUAGUGAAUCAGGCCUCUCGAACCAUCUUCUUGGGUGGCGUCGCUCGCGGCGGGUUUGUUCGAAAGUAGUGCCGACGCGGAGAUCUAGCGCUUCGUUGGACCAGAAAAUCGGCGAAUUGUGAGGGUCUGAAGACAUACAGUUUCCAGCUUUUGGUGCGCCGUUGGCCCGUCUCGCUGGCGAAAUGCCUUUUCGAGUCUCCAGAGCGCCCCGUUCUUGAGCAGCGCCCGAUGCGCGCCCCUUUGGGUAGCGUCCUCCUUCGCUGUUGUCCUCCUCCUUCGAGUGUUGCGUCUCCUCGCACGCUCUCCGCCGCGGUUUGUCUGCUUCAGAGCUUUGAGGCUUUUUUCCCUCGGCCAUCGCAGCGCAUGUGGCGUUUGUUGACGCACGCGCAGGGGAGUAUCCCCCCUGGACGCCAAUGCUCCCUGGCUGUAUAGCGUUCCGAAUUCAGUCGGCCCGUACAUAUUGGGUUGGUCAUGCGCUGGUCUUGAAGCUAUAAAUGGGGCACGCACAAGCUUGCUCCUCGUCUUCGUUGUCGUCCCUCCUCUCCUUUUCGGGGCAGUUGGUGUCUUGGCUCGGGUACACGAGCCACGAAUAUUGCAGUAAUGCGUCGUCGCCACCAUUUGUAGCCAAAAGUGCUGGCAUUGCUCUAGCCCUCGCUACUGCCGUCUUCAUAUCAAUCUACGUUUUCAUGCAAUGGCUGAGGCAGCCAUCGCGGCCCUCUUGGGUGUCAGUCACUGCUGCGGUUAUCUUCCUUUGCAACACCAUGUGUAGUUUCCAUCUUCGGUACUGCCUUGUGAUCGCUGCCGAAGCCUGCCAAUGCGGCGAGAUAUUUACUCGUGCCUCGCCUUCGUUGUCGUCGUCUUUUUUGUUGCCUG